AUGAGCACAGUGUCAGCGUCUAUUCACCGCUGCCUUGCUAAGGAGAGCAUCCUAGGUCCUCUGCUUUUCUCUAUCUAUACCACAUCUUUUGGCAAACUAACCAACUCUUUCGGAUUUCAGUACCAUCUGUAUGCGGAUGAUACUCAAAUCUACCUAUCCUCCCCUGAUUUGUCACCAUCUGUAUUGGGCCGUGUCACUGAAUGCCUUUCUGCCAUUUCAUCUUGGAUGACAUCUCGCCACCUCAAACUUAAUAUUUCCAAAACAGAAUUAAUUAUAUUUCCACCGGCCAAUAGUAGUUUCCAACCUGAUAUCUCUAUCACUGUUGAGAACUCGGCAAUCACCCCUACCCCACAAGCUCGCUGCCUAGGUGUCAUUCUUGACUCUGAACUGUCCUUUGUUACCCACAUUCAAUCUGUCUCAAGAUCAUCUUACAUACAUCUAAGAAACAUAUCCAAAAUACGACCAUAUCUUACACAAGACACAGCAAAAACUCUAAUCCAUGCUCUCAUUAUCUCCCACAUUGAUUAUUGUAAUAGUCUCCUGACCGGUCUUCCCAAACAUAGGCUCUCACCACUACAAUCCAUUUUGAAUGCAGCUGCGAGGCUAAUCUUCCUUGCCAGACGUUCAUCGUCUGCAGAUCCGCUCUGUCAGUCCCUCCAUUGGUUACCGGUAUUCUACCGUAUUAAAUAUAAAAUACUUUUACUCACAUACAAGGCUAUUAACCAAACUGCACCAACAUACAUCUCUUCACUCAUCUCAAAAUAUCUUCCUACCCGACCUCUCCGCUCUGCACAAGAUCUACGUCUCUCAUCCACACGCAUUACUUGUUCACACUCAAAAUUA